GGAGGGAAUUCAGUCGACCGCUUGGAGAGCUGAGGUGGUGUUGUUUCUCCUGUCCGCUCCACACACGCUUUCACGCGCUCCGAUUCACUUUUCCACAGCUUCGGUCCUGUUUUAUUAUUUAAAACCACUCUGAUUGCACAAAAAUAAAAAUGAGUCUGCAGAAUAAAGUCGCAGAUAUUCAAAAGAGGUUGGAAGGCAUGAGUUCUCCCAAUUCAGCUAACUCGGCACAAGGAGAAGUUUUGGAUUUGUUGAAGGCGUUGCAAGAACAAGAUAUGAAUCUGGAUAUUCUGAGCAGUACUCGUAUAGGUAUGACGGUUAACCAAAUUCGAAAAUCGAGUGAUGACAAAGAGGUGAUAUCAACGGCAAAGAACCUUAUUCGAAAAUGGAAAAAGUUUCUUCCUGAAAAUGAUGGUUCCCCCACAAAUUCCACUCCCAAACACGAUAACAAGCGUGGAGCAGCAGAUUCGGACAGUGAUGGGUCUUCUUCCAAGAAGAGUAAACUUGAUAGCAAAAAGGAUAUUAAACAAUCGUCCACCCCUGCCCCUCCUGCAAGUAGAGGAGGUCAAACGUCGUUUCCUGCAGCAAGCACGACCGAUGCAGUUAGAAUAAAAUGUAGAGAGCUCUUAUUUACUGCUAUGAAAGCAGAUGGAGAACUUCCUGAUGGAAGCAAUGAUCCAGAGUAUUUAGCAGAACGUCUAGAGGAAGAAAUAUUCAAAGAAUUUAAAAAUACGGAAAUUAAAUAUAAGAACCGGGUUAGGAGUCGUGUAGCUAAUUUGAAAGACUUUAAAAAUCCUGACCUCCGUCUCAAUUUUCUUACUGGAAGCAUAAGUAUCAGUCGAAUGGCUAAAAUGACUGCUGAGGAAAUGGCUAGUACCGAAAUGAAAAAAGUUCGAGAACAAUUUGUUAAAGAUGGAAUUAACGAUUCACAACUUGCCACAGUUCAGGGAACAAAGACUGACCUCCUCAAAUGCAACAAAUGUGGCAAGAGAGAUGUGACCUACAACCAGCUUCAAACUCGAAGUGCUGACGAGCCGAUGACUACCUUCUGUCUCUGCCUACAAUGUGGCAAUAGAUGGAAGUUCUGUUAAAUUCGCUAAAUAUGAUGUGUGCUACCGUUCCGACAUGAAAUAUAUCUCGUAACAAUAUGUCGAUUUUUAAUUGGAUAUUAAUCCAGUAAAAAUAUAAUAUUCAACGUAAUGCGCAGCUUGGAAAUCUACAAGACCAACUUUAGGAGAACUCUUAGGAACAAUUUAAACCAGGUAAAUUAUAAUGUAUUGUGUAGCGAUUUUUUGAGUUAUUGCCAUUUUCUUAUGGAUAACUUAAAAACAUUUUACAUGGAAUUGGAAUUAUUUCAUUAGAUGACGAUUUGACUGUAAGUCAAUUAUUUACUAUACAAAAUUGUUCAAUAGUCACAUUCUUCCCAAAUAUUCCCAAAUUCGAGAUGAAACCUGUCGUUUUGUUAUUAGUUAAAAUAUUGAUAAGUAGGAGCACAAUAUUGUCAGUCAGUAUAUGUAACCCCGUUUCUCGAAUUGAAAAUAUAGCAACUAGAUUUUCAUCAUUAAAUGAUAAGAAUGUUGCUUUAUAAAUAGGAAUUAUUUAGCUAAUUUACAAUUACCUUCGUUUUAUUUAGAUAGAAUAUCUUGAAUUUGCAUAACUGGGGAGUAAUCCCUUCAUUGCUAUUGUUGAUAAUUGAUAGUUUAUCGUUGUAAAAAUUUUAGUUUUAGGAUAAAUUAGAUUUUAUAAUUCUCUUGUAACAUAUAGUUGUAAUCUAGCACACUGUGUUGCAAUAAUUUGUACCCCAACAUUAAAUAUGUACAAGUUAAUCUGUAGUGUACAAAUAUAUUGUUAUUUAUUUCAAGAAUGAAUGUUACGUUACCUUAUGUUCUCAGAAACAAUUUUAUUAUCGGCGAGAAUUUGUGAUUUCUUAAUUAAAUCUUUUGAGUAGAUAUUAAAAUAUCCUUGCAAAUGUCAAAGAAUAAAUGGAAAAGUAAAGUGAAAUUAAUUGUG